GGGGGGGGGGGGGCCUCUGGCAUUCAAUUCUCAGUCCGAAAUGUACUUCAAAGGUCACGUUGUACUUUCUUCACUGCCAUUGUCCUGACCUGUGGUGCCUGGAAUAACCAAUUUCAACUCCUUACCACUGAUGAGAAGAACAAAUAACUAACAAAUCAUUUUGAUUCCCACUACCUUUUUUUUUAUGGUUCUUCCUGCUUACUAAACAGCACAAGUAAACACUCUGUAUUCAGAAGCUACUACUAAAAAAACUCUUCAGGGUAGUUUUGUGUUCUGGAGACGAGCUGAAUGACGUUCUUAUUAUAUGUGAUGAUUAACACUGUUCACACACAGAUUGUAUACGUUUUGCUAAAUUGUCUCUGUAUAGUGUACAUAACAGUGCCAGUUUGCGACAUCUGCGGUUGUACUGUUAGAAUAUUUAUAUUAGAUCCAGUUUCUACUGUACAUGAGGUGGACGGCAAUUGUGACAAAUCAUUUGAAGAAUUUUGAGUUCUAAAGAUUUAAAUGGGAGCUACUUUUGUCUUGAUUCUUGUUACAAUGUUUUCUACUAAUAAAACGGUUGUCAUGGUAACACACGGUAUAUAUAGGGCAAUACAAUUAUAGGUGCACAGCAAAUGAUCUGUUUCUAUAUAUAUAUAUAUAUAUAUAUAUAUAUAUAUAUAUAUAUAUAUAUAUAUAUAUAUAUAUAUAUAUAUAUAUAUAUAUAUAUAUAUAUAUAUAUAUAUAUAUAUAUAUAUAUAUAUAUAUAUAUAAUGUGAAUUAUUUUAAGACCUGGUUGCCGCAGUUUAUUUUGUAUUUUAGCUAGCUUGCUAGCAAUUCACACCGAUUUGGACCAAAGAUGUUUGGUUAAAAUGAAUUGUAUUGUUGUGCAUACAAUAUGGGUCAAGGAUUAUAGAAUUGUGACAAGACUGAAGACAUCACUUUUGUUACCUGUGUUUAAUAAAAACAUCUAAAUACCGUUAAGAAUGUUUUUGUUUGGGAUUAGGCUCGACAGUAAAUUCUACUUCAUAAUUUUCCCCAUAAUUCUCUUUUCAGUCGUGGAGCUGAUAAUUUAUUUUCACAAAACCUUUUUCGCCUGUCAACCAUUUGGUCUUGUUUGCCCUUCUAAUCUUUUUGUCAAUUAUUCCUUUGUUUGCUGCUAUCAUAUGAAAUACCGCAAGCCAUCUGAAACCCUGUGCAAGAAUUAAAGUAUAAAAAGUUGCAUUAAACCCAAAGUAUGGUUCCCUUCUGUUUAAAGUGGAAACUGAUCAAACCAUUUCACAAAAGACUCUAAAUUAUUUCAUCUCCUUUUGGUUUGAACAAUAUUUUUCAAUCAUGGUUCAAUUUAUGAGAAAUUGGAUGACGAGCUCAUUCGUUUCAAUAAUGAGCGCUGGUGAAAUGAAUAGGGGUGGGUGAAGGGGGGCUUGUCUGUUUGUGUUCAUCCUUUCAGUAGGGAAAUUGGCAACAGCUGCAGGAACAGGAACAGGUGGGCGAUCUUACUACAGCACCUUGGCGAGAUUCUUGUAUUUCUCCUUCAAAUCCUUCUCCAUUCAUUUACCGACUUUUGCAUUCUUAUGCCUUUCCUACUUUGAACAUACUUGGCAUUCUGUUUGUAUUUAGAACUUGUAACCCUGGAAGUCUGUUGUCUUCCUGUAAGGACGUCCUGCGGCCCCCAAAAUAUCUCCGCAAUGCCACGCAGGACAGCGACGUGCCCUUGCGAGCGUGUUAAGAAUAGAUCCACAAUGGGGCUCGCUCCCGUCUUCUGUUGUCUGAGGACUGCCAGUUGUCUUGCGGGGAACUCGGGGAGAGCAGUCCAGGAGCAUAAACUCGCAAUGGAUCAUGUUGGAUUUAAACUACCGUACCUUUGAAUAUACUUCCUGUUGGGUAGAUCUAAUCAAAUGUUCUUGCUACAAGAACAUAAAAGGUAACAAAUGCUGAGGUCUUACAAGGAGACUUAAGGCCCCAAACUUUUCGGACCGAACAUGGCGGGAUCCAGUCCAUCCGAAAUCAUCUUUAUCUCUAUGAAUCAAAGCAUCACCUUGAUAGGAAAAGUGUGGCUGGUGGUGAUGAUCUUUCUCCGCAUCUUCAUCCUCCUCCUGGCCGGUUAUCCUCUCUACCAGGAUGAGCAGGAACGAUUUGUAUGCAACACGAUUCAACCGGGCUGCGCCAACGUGUGUUAUGAUAUCUUUUCCCCGAUAUCUCUUUUUCGUUUCUGGCUGGUGCAACUUGUCACCUUAAGUCUGCCCUACCUGGUCUUUAUGAUCUAUGUGAUCCAUAAAUGUGGCCUCAAUGUCACAAAAACCUCCUUGGACCCAGGCGAAACCAUUUACAAGAUCCAACAAGAGAUCUUGGUCCCCAAAAAAUCUCCUGGAGUAGAGCGAGGGUUGAUCCGAUGCUUUACGGGUGUGUAUAUAUUUCAGUUGGUAUUCCGGACUUUGCUGGAGGCAGGAUUUGGAGCGGCACACUACUACCUCUUUGGAUUCUAUAUCCCGAGGAGGUUUUUAUGCCAGCACCCUCCGUGCACAACUCAGGUGGACUGCUACAUCUCCAGACCCACCGAGAAGACCGUGAUGCUUAAUUUUAUGCUCGGCAUGGCCGCCUUGUCGCUUUUUUUAAACGCUUUGGAUUUCAUUUGCGCUAUCAAGCGCUCCGUGAGGCAGAAGACUCAAAGAAAGUUGAUGGCGCGUGUUGAUGAGCAGCAUUUCCUGGGAACCCCUGAUCCAAAUUCUUCCUUGGAUUGUCUGAAAACUGGUCAAAGAGGGAGUUUCCGAAAGAGGCAAGGCAGUAGGAGUUCUUGCCAAGCCAGACCACUCGGAAUAAUUCAAGAUGCAACCUCUGCCCCUUCGGAACCUUUACGAAGCAAUAGCAAUAAAAACAAUGGCUACUCUCCUUCCCGAGAGGAGGCGUUCUGUCACUUAGAGCCCAGUAGGACCCCCAAAGCUAUUCGUGUUAAUAAACGCAGCAGGCUUAAACCUCAACCACCCCCCAGGCAGGACUUUGGGCUUCACCCUGCCGUGUCACCCAAAAGAGGUGAGCCCGUAGCAACAGGAGCCCGUACGAAGACGAUUGGUCAGUACGAUCUGGUGGAGCUGGGCAGUUGUGCGGAAGUGUCUGACGAUGAAGGUCAGGAGAAAAGAUCUGAGUGGGUGUGACUUUUGCAAGUUAUUAAAAUGUGAGAGCAACUGGAGCUCUAGCUUUCCAUAGUGGCAACAACUGUUGGAUCCCUCGAUCGCUGUCCUACCUCACACUGCCAACAGAUGGCGUUGCCUCGGACCUUGUCUUUGAAUCUCUUUGAUGCAAAACAACAAUAUCUCGUGUCAAGAAGAAGAACACCCCGCCCGAGUCGUGGAAGGCAAGAUGUGCGAGCCUUAAGCCUCAUUGGGUGGGGCGCACUUUGACCUUGAGCUUAUCUAAAAGUACAGCUCACCUGUUUCUACCAAUCCUGACCACAAAAGGUCAUGACCUCUCCCGUAUACCCUUACCCUGUGAUUCCACCUUGGGGCGUCUCGUGUGCUCGGGGUCAAAGUUCACGUCAGGAGCGUUUGUGUCCAUCUUUUGAUUGACUUUUACAGUGGUUACUUGACUGACGAGUAAGCUUUAGAUAUGGGAAAUAAAAAGCUGCAGAGUUAGCAUUAUGCUAAGUUUAAAAUUUAGGUUAUUUUUCUCAUUUAAAAAUAGGGAGGCUCAAAUUUAUUCAUUUCAACCCUUUUAAAUGGGGGAUAUUCAUUUUAAUAUGCGAAUAAAUCUAGUUUGGUUACGGAAUACGUUGAAUUUGGAAGUCAAGGGUCCUCUAAGGUUCCAAUUAAAGUGAGCCUAGUCUGUCAGGAGUUGAAGGUCAUAACAUUUCUUUAUUUUUGGAAGACAGCUUGUCACUCUAUUUCAGGGCAGCUAGCAACAUUACUAGAAAUAGAGCGCAGCAAAAGGACCUCGGUUGCCCUCUGGGAGAUCUCCCGAUCAAAGAUUUUUAGUCUCAAAGAAAGUCAGUGUUUGACAGACUCAUCUGCUUGAUGCCGACGUGGGUGGAGGCUCCCGUAGUAAAUCAGUUGCGAGCACGCGUUUCAUUCAGCCCCGAGAGUCGUCUUUGUGUAAACUGAUAUCGCCUGAUCUUUGUUCUCUCGCCGUCUCUUUUGGAAAGUGAUAACAAAAAGCUUCGGGCUUCCUGGAUCUCACAAUGCUCGGCCUUUUGACUCGCAUAGGACGGGAGUGACCACAGGCUGUAACAGGUGUGGCGAUGCCGCACCUUCUUGUAUUGAGACCCCAAGCUUUCUUUUCCUUUCCCAUAAGCCAAUUUAAAAAUUGGGUUUGACCAAUAUAUUUCCUGGUUCAAUAAGAGUUGUUACUUAAAUCUUCUUAUCACAUCAUGAAAUCAACAGUCCUUAGCCACUGCGAAGCUUCAAAAAGAACAUCCAUAAUAUCCUGCUAGAUUUUUCAUGUCUUAACAAUUGUGCAAUCUUUUGGUGCCUUCGGUGUUAGACUCAAAUGAGACGUGCAUAAAUAUAACAUACAUACGCCGGUUA